CUGCUCAGAAGCUGUGUCAUCUGCUUGGUAUGAAUGUAAUGGAGUUUACCAGAGCCAUCCUGUCUCCAAGGAUCAAAGUGGGAAGAGACUAUGUCCAGAAAGCACAGACUAAAGAGCAGGCUGACUUCGCUGUUGAGGCCUUGGCUAAAGCAACAUAUGAGCGCUUGUUCCGCUGGCUGGUCCACCGCAUCAACAAAGCUUUGGACAGGACCAAACGACAGGGGGCCUCCUUCAUUGGCAUCCUGGACAUUGCGGGUUUUGAGAUUUUUCAGUUGAACUCAUUUGAGCAGCUGUGCAUCAACUACACCAAUGAGAAGCUUCAGCAGCUCUUCAACCACACCAUGUUCAUCCUAGAGCAGGAGGAGUACCAGAGGGAGGGCAUCGAGUGGAGCUUCAUCGACUUCGGCCUCGACCUGCAGCCCUGCAUCGACCUCAUUGAGAGGCCGGCAAACCCCCCAGGAGUGCUGGCUCUGCUGGAUGAAGAGUGCUGGUUCCCCAAGGCCACAGACAAGACCUUUGUAGAAAAGCUGAUCCAGGAGCAGGGCACACACACCAAGUUCCAGAAGCCUCGUCAGCUCAAAGAUAAGGCCGACUUCUGCAUCAUCCACUACGCCGGCAGG